AUGAUUGGGAUGGUGAAUGUGCAGUGCGACAGCACAAUGGACUUCUAUGCGGCUCCAAGGCGUUCACCAAACGCCGCCGCGCAGGCGGAAGCGAAUUCGGCGGUGGUGGCUGAGAUUGGGAAUGAGAAAGGAAAUGGAAAGAAGGAGAAAUCAUCGAACGUUCAACGGAAACUCUCUUACAGACCGCUCUUCGGCCGACGAAAAAUCGAGAAGAUCGCCUAUUCGGCUGAUGGAAGAAAGAUGAGCAAUGGGGAAGUGCUCGAGAAGCACAGUCCAAAUAAACUUUGGGAGGAGUUGAUCAUUCGCACGUUCGCGAAGAAAGUCGAGGAUGAUGUGAAGUGCCCAUUGGAGGGGAUGAGACAACUUGGAGAGGGAAUACAAACGAUUCGGAAUCUAGAUCGUCAACAAUCGUGCUCAAUGUAUUCACUUGUUUCCGAUCAUCGUUUGAUGGCUGAGAUUGAAGAGGGAGAGAAAGAUGAGGAGCACUUCCAUCAACAACAGCAACAACGCCCGCUCAAGGGCCUCAUCGAAGAGCCCUAUAUGGGAUUUGGUGACGAUGGAUGCGAUGGUGUUCGUGAACGGGCCACAUCCACUGUUUCAUAUCCGGAGACUGCGGCAAAGAUCACAAAGAUUGCCGCCGCUCGCCGCCAUCACAGCCAUCAUGCAAAGCGAGCCUCGGAUAUUCUC